ACUCAAUAACAAUGAAAUAACAGUACUAUAUUGUGAGAGUGAGAGAGAAAGAGAGAGGAAGGUAAACAUGAAAUUGUACUUUCCCGGCUUCUUCGAAUUGUAAAAUAUUUUCAUCACAACAAUCAACACCACAUUUGUGUGUCUUCCACGCGUCUAAUACUUAUAACCUGUCACAAAGAUAGAAAAAAAAAAAAAUAAAAUAUAUAUUAUCACUGAAAAGAAAAGAAAAUUAGUGAAAAAAAAAUUUCAAUUAUGGAUAGGCCAACAACAAAAUAUACCCAGGAUGACAGAAGAAAACCAAGUAAAUUUCCUUCAAAAUUUACAUGCAUUGUUUGUAAUAAAGAGACAGUAAGUUUGGUAAAACUUCAUGAACAUCAAAUGUAUUGUCAUUCACGUCAAGAAUUAUCAAUGACAUUAUUAUCAUUACACAGUUAUAUUUAUCACAAGCAAUACUUUGAAACUGAAAAUCACUUGAAUCAAAAUGAUCUGUGUCGUUUUUAUCCAUUUUGUUCGACAUUAUUGACUGAAAAAGAUGAAAAUGAACUUGGUGAAUGGCGAGCCUUGAUGCUAAAAGUCAAUGAUCCAAAGAGAGUUGAAUCAAAACCACAAACAAUAAAGAUGGCAACAAUGACAUCUGAAAAUCAUGCUCAACAAUCUUAUAAACAAACAAAUGAAUUGAAAACAAAUCAUCAUUCACAUGGAACACCAUUAUCAUCAACUAAUACAAUCAUGUCAUCUCAAUUUAAACAAUCAAAUCCAUCUCCAAUAAUACCACAUGAUUUGACACUUGCUAAAACACUAGCAGAUAGUAAUAAAAUAAAUUUAAAACGUCUUAGUCCAAGAGAAAGUCGUGCAAGAAAAUUAACAACACUUCGUUCAACACCAUUGAGAAAACCAAGAAUUGGUAGUGCUGGUAAAUCAUCAUCAACAACAACAUCACUUGGUUUAAAUUUGAGUUUGACAAAACCAUCAACUGACAAUGAUGAUACAAAGCAAUUAUCACCAUCAGUAUCAUUUUUAAGUAAAGAUAAUUUAGCUUUACAUGACAAAGAAACUGUUGACAAAUCCAAAUGGAUCCCAAUCCCAUCAGCUGAUGCUGACAAACGCAAUAAUCAAUAAAUGUAUAUUAUUAAUUAGAUGUAAAUUUAUAAAAAUAUAGGAGAACAUAAAAUGAAU